AUGGAAAACAAUGAAACUAGGGUGUCUACCACUGCGUUGGCUUCUAAGGUGCAGAGUCAUUACGAAGCCUUCAGUCUUGUUGGGAAAAUUUUUGGUGUCCCUGUUCCUAGGAAGGCCAUUAGGAAUAGACUGAAAAGUGACUGGAAAGAUAUGCAAGAAGAAGUCUCUGUCAAUCACAUUGGCAGAGAUUGGUGUAAGAUUGAAUUUGGUGCUGUGGAGGAUGUAGAGUUUGUUCUCAAACACAGACCUUGGUUUGUCCAAGGUCAAAUUUUUGCGUUGCAACAGUGGAGACCUGAUUUCUCUCCUUUCCAUGCAGCUGUUGAGUCCAUUGUCUGUUGGGCGAGAAUUCCUUUCUUGCCGUUACACUAUAAGGAUCUUGAAGUUUAA